GCAAAUUUGAAGAAGCAGCAUCUUUAACGUUAACUGGUAGCCAAAAACAAAUUAUAUCAGUCGACAUGAUGACAAGUUGAUUUUGUGACUGAUCCAGGUUGCAGAUUUAGAGACGUUGGGACAGGGAGGAGAGGAGAUGGGGGGAUUGUGUAGGCCACUCCAGGCCUCUAUGGUCUGGCUGGCCGUUCUCCUUCUGCUGCUGGGGGAGACGGUGAACACAGCCCAGGAGUUUGACCCCUACAGAGUCCUGGGGCUCACCAAGAGCGCCAGUCAAGCAGAGGUCAAGAAGGUGUACAAGAGGCUGGUCAGAGAAUGGCACCCAGACAAGAACAAUGAUCCUGGGGCUGAAGAUAUGUUCAUCAAGAUCACUAAAUCUUAUGAGAUCCUGGGGAAUGUGGAGCGUCGUGCUAACUAUGACCGCUACGGUCAGAUGGAGGAGAACAAGCAUGGUCAGCACCAGCAGGGCUUCAACCGACACUUCCACAGCAGCUUCCAUUUCGACGAGUCGUUCUUCAAUUUCCCUAGGUCAGGCCGGGACUUCUCAGACAGCAAGUACCUGCUCGACCACGCAGGGUUCAACAGCAAGGUGCUGCCCGACAGCUUCAAGCGGCCCUACCUGAUCAAGAUCACCUCCGAGUGGUGCUUCGCCUGCGUUCACAUCGAGCCCGUCUGGAGGGAGACGGUACAGGAGCUAGAGCCACUGGGUGUGGGUAUCGGCAUUGUUGACAUUGGUUACGAGCGUCACCUAGCCAACCAGCUGGGUGUCCAUCGCACGCCAUCCAUCCUGGGUGUGGUCAAUGGUAGAGUGACCGUGUUCCACUACUCCGUGGUCAGAGAACACCUGCGACAGUUUGUAGAAGACCUGCUGCCUCAGAGGCUGGUGGAAAAGGUAACAGAUAAGAACUAUGUGUCCUUCCUAGGCAGCUGGCACGUUGAGAACAAUCCCAGCGUGUUGCUGUUUGACCAAGUGCCUGCAGUGCCCCUGCUCUACAAGCUCACAGCGUUUGCCUUUAAGGACUAUGUGCGGUUUGGUUACGUGGACCAGGGACUGACGGAGACGUCCAGACUACUGCAUCAGUUCAACAUCAACAGCUAUGCUCCCACAAUGCUGCUGUUCAAGGAGAACACUGAGCAACCUGCUGAUAUUAUACAGGCUAAAGGGAUGAAGAGACAGAUCAUGGAGGAGUUUGUGUCCAACAACAAGUACCUGUGUGUCCCUCGGUUGGUCAACCAGCAUCUGUUCGAUGAGCUCUGCCCCAUCAAGCAGUUCCACCGACGCAGGAAGUACUGUGUGCUGCUGAUCACUGGUGAGGAGCCAGGGUUUGUCCCUGGUAACCAGGCCUUCCUGACCUUCGCCUCGUCCAACACUAAAGACGUCCUGCGCUUCACAUAUGUCUACCAGAGACAGCAACAACCACUGUGUCAGGCCUUGCUCCACAACCAGGCCCCACUGUUCGCACAGGUGGUGAUACUGGAGAGGCGGAGCCCGGGAGGUAAGGCUGUGUACCGGUCUGUGAUUGGUGGAUGGAACGGCAGUGACGAUGAUAAGACCCGCCUCCACGAGCAGCUGGAGCUCCUGCAGAGAGACCCCUCCUACCUGAGCUAUGACGCCACGCUACCUGAACUAAACAACGAAUUGGCUCCCAUGUUUCUGAUUCAGUGGAUCAAUGCAGCUUACGAUUAUUUCCUUCAAAUCUAUGAUGACCUUCUCUUCUCCAACUGGCGAGAGAUGAUGCCCAUCCUGUCUCUCAUCUUUUCUGCUCUGUUCAUCCUCUUUGGUACUGUCAUCAUCCAGGCCUUCAGUGACUCGGGUGAAGAGAAGCCUCCCCAAAAACCAAAGCCAAAGAACCCACCAAAGACUGACGACUCACCUGGUAGAGCCAAUACUUCCAGUCGUCCUCCUAAGAAGGACUUUGUGGAGGUGACGGAGCUGACAAACAUCACCUACAUCAGUAACUUGGUCAAGCUGAGACCUGGUCACAUCAACGUGGUCCUAGUCCUCACUGACACUUCCAAGAAUGCUCUGCUCAGGAAGUACGCCAAAGAGGUCUUCUCCUUCUCCGGGACCCAGACCCUACACUUCUCCUUCCUGAAUGCAGACAAACACAGCCAGUGGAUGCCAUCUCUCCUGGAGUCUUGUCCUACUGCAGCCCGGGCCCUGACCCACGGAGAGGAGGAGGAGGAGGGGGGAGGAGGAGAGGGGGAUGAAUACUCCUCUCCCUUCUCAGGUCGUCCCAGAGACUUCACAGGCCAUGUUCUGGCCCUCAAUGGACACAAGAAGUACUUCUGUCUCUUCAGACCUGUCUUCACCGGGGACACGGACACUGGCGGAGAGAGCUCGAGCUCAUCGUCUUCAUCGUUUGACGAAGGCUCCAGGAGAAAGUCUCGGUCAAGGUCGCGAUCCCAGUCGAGCUCACGUUCAAGGUCCAGGGAGGAGGGGGGUUCGUCAGGUAGGGGAGGGAGGGGUGGUGGGCGGUCCUCCAGGGCUACCAGUCUGGAGGUGCACCAUAAGCUAGACAGGCUGGGGCUGUGGAUGGAGAGGCUGAUGGAGGGGACUCUGCCCAGGCACAGUGUCCCUGGCUGGCCUGGGCUGGACACCACCUCCCCAAGCUCCAGCCCCGCUCCCCAGAACUGAGGAACCACACUGGACUGGACCCGACCGGACCCCUAUGAAGUGUAAAUGACAUUUCUGCAGCUUAAACGUAGCCAGUAGUCAUUAUGCAAAGCCAAUGAAUAAUACAGAAGAUUUAAUAUAACCCUAUAAAGGAUACUAACCUG